AUGGCCUCCCAAAACUUCCUAGGCGCCUCCAUAACAGGCGGCACCCGAGAAAAGACGUACUUCGAGCAGCAGCGCGAAGCGCUCGUUGGGGAGAUCGCAAACAGCUUUGAGCAUGUGCUGGCGAAUAUCAAUAAGUUGAAUCGCUCGUCGGUAACCGAGUUCUCCUCCGUCGAAGCCCUCUGGUCGCAAUUCGAGAACGUCAUGGCGAAAGAUCCUGAGGAACAGACACAACAAGCGCAACAAGCGCAACAGCAGCAAGAACGAGGGGCGGCGGCACAGCGAGAGGAGGGACAGCAAUCAGGUCAAGAGCAGGGGCAAGGAGAGGAGGAUGAUACCAAGAUGGAGGUAGACGAGGAGGACAGCAAGAUUAAGAUGGAGAGGUGA